CAUGAACAGUUAAUACUGUGGGUUUUUCUUGUACACUGUAGUAUGCGUGAAUCGGUCGACAAUAUUGCUGCGCACUUACGCCCUGUGUUGUGGAUUUAUUUCAUUCAAAUAUAUCUCGUAGCUUUAACGUUUUUGUGUGGAACCGUUGAUUUUCUGAAGAGGAAAUAUUGUCAUGUUUGUUUGGUUUAAAUCUUGAUUUUUAAAUUCUCUUUAUUUUUUUUAACUUUGGUAUACGUUUAAUGGAAAUUAAAGAAGAAGAAAAUUUUAUUUAGGGGAUAUCGCUUUUUGCCUCGUGUUUAUUGUUGCAGUUGAUGGGGGAAUUACAAGGAUUUUCGUCAAGUGCUUUCUCGUCGUAGAAGUAAAUCGUUCCUAUUGUUAAUAAGUGGUUGACACAGAUACAACAGAUCUGGUGUUUUUUCUCCUAUUAAUUAUCCAGGUUCUUAUAAUCAUCAAAAAUAGAAAAAAUAUGAGUGCCGGCAAUUCUCUGAAAGAAUAUGCAUGCUUUCUUCCAAAGUAGAAUAUAUUUGUGACGCGUGUUGUGCAGAAACACUUGAACAUCUGAAGUAUCUAAGUAUACGACUUUUGUUCUGUUUCACUAAUUACUAUAUCGAGUGGAAAUACUCUUUGGCAGAGUUCAGAAUACCUGUCAGUGAAAUCCCUGUCGUAAAUGCUCCUGGAAACAAUGAGAAAUCUUUCAAACUCUAAAUUUUUCCAGGAGGUGGGAACCUUAUUCCAUAGCGAGGACCAACAGGAGGCCCUGACGAGGAAAGAGCUGGAAUGUAUAGGACUGAUCGCAGCCGAAAAACACAACCAGAGCCUACAUGUCGGGAUCCAUUGUAGACGAGCCUGGGACACAGUGAUGUGUUGGCCCCCCACCCCCGCUGGUCAUCUAGCGAUCCAGCCCUGCCCCAGUCACAUUAAGAACAUCGACACCAGCAAUAAUGCUUCAAGACAAUGUAAUGAGGAUGGUUCUUGGUUUGUUAAUCCACUCAACAACAAUACAUGGACCAACUUUACCCAAUGCAUCGGGUCAAAAACCAAUGAGGACCCUCGUACAGUUCCGGCCCUGAUCGAGCAAUAUGCGGACUCGGUCCGUCUGAUGUAUAACAUCGGGUACGGCCUCUCCCUGGCGUCCCUAGUGAUAGCUGUGGUCAUCAUGAUUUACUUCAAGAAGCUCCACUGUGCUCGUAACGCCAUCCAUAUCAACCUGUUUGUGUCUUUUAUUCUGCGUGCCAUUGUCUCCUUCAUCAAGGAAAAUCUACUGGUAGAGUUUGUAGGAUUUCCCGGUGACGUGUACUAUGACCAUGGCCAAAUUAAAUUUAGAGAUGACGUCACUCAUUGGGAGUGUCGGUUAUUUUUCACUCUGUAUAACUAUACAUUGGCGGCUAGCUACAUGUGGAUUUUUGUGGAGGCCCUUUACCUCCAGAUAUUGAUAUCUGUCUCUGUAUUCACGGAGAAAAACAGAACAAAGUGGUUCAUGUUACUAGGGUGGUUAUUUCCAUUAAGUUUUGUUUUACCAUGGGUCCUUGUUCGGAUUUUUGAAUUCAAUGAACUCUGUUGGAACAUUCAGAGGAACCAGCUGAUUACGUUAAUUAUAUACGGACCAAUUACGGCCACAGUUCUGGUACAGUUUAUUAUUUUCAUCAACAUUGUUCGAAUAUUAUUCACCAAACUUCAUGCAUCAUCCGGGCAUCAGACAAACAGCUUCCGGUACAGUCACAUUGAUGGUCACAUGAUCAGACGCUUGGCUAAGUCCACGUUGAUCCUGAUCCCCCUGUUUGGGGUUUAUUACAUCAUCUACACUGCAAAUUACCUCAUGUCAAGCUUCGGCUAUCUAGAUGAGAAGUCGAUGAUGUAUUUCAUCUUAUGGUGGUCAGAAUUAUUCUUUAACUCCUUCCAGGGUUUUAUCCUAGCGAUGCUUUUCUGUUUCCUGAACGCUGAGGUACAGGCGGAAUUCAGAAAAGUUUGGCGCCGGCACAUAACGGACCGGACCGGGAGUAUCAGAACAACAAGAACGUUUUUGUCCCGGACACGAAAUUCCGUUAAACAACCGACGUCCAAUGGGAAUGCAUCACAUAAAAGCGAAAAGGACGAUAAUCCGAUUAACCAAUCAGAUUCAACAUUGCUUACAUCCUUUCAAAAUGAAACAAACUGUGAAAGUGAUAUUCAAAGGAGAAUUGUAGACUCUGAAAUAACGGAGACCGAGACGUCACCGUGUAUAAACAAUAACCAGGCAGUGACUGGAAACUGUGAUAAAAAUAACGGAAUCUGUGUCAAGGACGAAUUCGCCUAUAAGUCGAUAUCGUAGUAUAAGUCGAGGGCUACUUAAUAUUUUAUGCUUGUAAUAUUUAAGAAUGGAAUCCUUGAGAAGGAAAAAAGAAAUAUAACAUUUAUGUUUAUCAUCUAAUGAUUAUAAGCACCAGUUAGGAGAAUCCAAGAAACUAACCAUUUGAUUAACUGGAAUUAAAAUUGGAUUUAAAAGUACUUAUUAUAAAAUGCUUGAAUUGAAAAAUGUAGAUUGGGCAAUAUGGUAAUUUCUAAUAGUUUUGUGGGAUGCGUUUAGUAUUCAAGGUAACUUGAUUCAUGCUUGAAACUUAAAAUACGUCCCAACUUUUUGUUUUCCAUUAAUUUUUUUCUGUAUACACCAGAUGCGACCUAAAGACCAUUAAAAUAUUCUGAUCCCCUGUGUGGAUUUGCAACUUUAAAAAAUGAAAGUUAAGUUGAAUACGGCAACAUGGUAUGAAAAUGAAUAUUACAUAGUACUAUAUACAGUGUAAUUCCCAUUUGUUUAUGUUAAUACUUGAAACAUUACAUCGAAGAAAAAAGCAGUAAAAGUAAAAAUGUGUAGUUAUGAAAAGUAAGAUUGAAAGUUGAAUGACAAUAAUAAGUUAAAAUAAAUAUGAAAGAUAUAUCUCCAUGCCUUAGUUGUAACAAAUUAAAAUCUUGAAUCAACUAUGUUAUUUACACGUAAUUUUCAAAUUCAAAUACAUGUUAAAUGUGUUACUUUAAAGCUAAUCAUACAUACAUAACACUUCACAUCAAGUAUGAGCUGAAAAAAAGCUGCGUUAGUGUAAAAUUUGUCUACGUGUACAUGUUUAAUUUGAUUCACAACAAAAGAAUAUUAUUAUUCUUUUUUGUUUACAUCCUGAUCCAUUAAAUCUAUUUCUCAAUGAUAUACAUGUAUGUUACAUUACAUUAAAUUUUUGUUACUUUGCAUUACCUUGCAUUAUGUUGAUGCACGGAGUGCAAGCAUUUAUAAAAGGGAAAUAACUGAUGAAUGUAAACAUA